AUGCGUAUAAUCAAUUCAAAUAUAUCAGCUGCAGCUAUUAUUAAUGAUGAAACGGUGAAUAAUACCGAGAGUAUUAGCGUAUUUAUAUUGGGUGAAUCUAAGCCAUAUGAAAAUUUAGAUCUUUCAAAUAAUCAAUCUCUUGUAUCAGCUGUAAUCAUAAUUGGUGUGAAGAUAAAGGAUAAUAAAUCUUCAAGCAUUAUUUCUUUAUAUUUUCAAGUUUUAAAAAAGAAUGAAUCACAUAAUGAUGGUCAAUAUUCAUGUUCAUUUUUUAAUACUAAUAUUUCAAAAUGGGAUACAACUGGUUGUACUAAACCUCAAUACAACAAAACUUAUGAUCGUUACGAAUGUACUUGUAAUCAUCUUACAACAUUUGCUCUUAUAUGGUCACCAAAUCUAGCAAAUACAAAAUAUCUUACUGCUCAAGAUAUUGCAUCAAUAAUAUUUCUAUCAAUUUCUAUUCUCUGCUUCAUUGCAGUUAUUAUUCAUAGUUGCACUACUCGUCUUCUCAGCUCUGUUAUAUCUAUGAAUGCGCGUAAUUUACUUCCAUUGAUUUCAUCUGCAAGUACAACUAUUCUUUUUAUAUUCUAUAUUGCACUUGGUAUGACAGUAUACACUCAAACAACAUCUGAAAAAGAAACGAAAUGUUUCUUAAGUUCAAGUGUAUUAAUGUUUUUCGUUUAUUUCUUUUUAAUUUUUAUGUUUUGUACCAAAACAAGUAUCGGUUAUUUUAGUUAUCUUCGAUUUGUUCGACUUUUUCCUGAGCCAUCAUAUCGAAAACUAUUUGUAUUACUUAUUAUAUCUUUUUUUAUUUCAAUAAUCUGUACAUCGUUUGCAGUGGGAUUCAAUUCUAACUCAUCGUAUAAUAUAACUCAAUUAUAUGGAAAUAAACUUUGUUGGUUUACUCAAGAUAUGUUACAUUAUUUUAUGACAAUACCUAUUGGUAUAUUUCUUCUAUUGAAUUUAGUUACAAUCGUUUUUGUUGCUAAACGUAUUCUUAAUCAUGUUCGAAAUGCUACAUCUCCUCAUCAUACAUAUGAACGAAUGAAACAAUUUGUUCUUGUUUUAUUAUCAUCGGCUGUUACUCAAGGAAUAGGAUGGUUAAUUGGUCCAAUCUUAACAUUUGUUAAUGCCGAUGUUGGAAAUAUUUUAUCAUGGUUUUUUAUUGUAUUUAGUGGACUUGAAGGAGUUUGGACAAUACUUUUAUACAUUAUAAUUCGAUCAGAACAUAUGGAUAAACCAAAACGAUAUAUUGAUGGUAACAAACGUAUGAAGAAGUUCUUGUUAGCAUCAGUUAAAAACAAGAAAUAA